AUGGCGAAGAUGAGAGCGGAUGCUCCGGUGGAGACUCCUCCUCGGAUAUGUAAGGUGGUGGGAGAGAUUGACACUCGUCCUCCCUUCCAGUCCGUUAGAGACGCCGUUAGUUUAUUCCGUCAAGUUAGCUUCUCAAAGAAGCAACAACAGCGUCUCUCAUCAUCCUCAUCUCAGGAUGUGUCGGAAAAAGAGACGCAGCUUCGGUUAGCAGAACAAGAAAUGAUAAGAGUCCAGCUCCGUCUUGAUACCUCUGUCAAAUCCAAAGCAAAAGCUGUCUCUGAUCUCGACUCUGCUCAACGAAAUGCCUCUGAUCUGAGAGCUAAACUAGAAGCCACAAAACAAUCCAAAAAAGCCGCCAUCCUAACCAAACACACCAUGAACCAACGGUUAGAACAACUCCAAUCCCAAAACCAAGAAGCAGAGAGUUACAUUUUAGCCACCGCAGAGCUACUCAUGGCGAAGCAAAAGCUCGCGGAGAUAGAACAAGCGUUCAGCAUUGCCGUCGAAGAGAGGCUAGCAGAGCUUCAAAGAGCAGAGGAAGCAGAGUGUUCAUCAAGAGUAAACUCCCAAAAGAUCAAAGACAUGACAAACGAGAUAGCGGAGAUGCGUGACGCUGCUGAGAGGUUGAAGUUUGAAGCUGAUAGCAAAAAAGAGGAAGAGGAAAAGAUCAAAGAGGAGAGAGUGGACAUGGGAGAAACUUACGGGGAUAUGAAACGAGAGGCUGAGGAGAGGCUGAAGGAUCUGAGACGAGGUUGUGACCCGGAACUCAGCAAAGUUAUUGAUCAGCUGGCGGAGAUAUCUGCGGAAAACGAGCUUUUACUUGAGGAGAUUAAACUUGCUAGGGAGCUAAACGAGGCUAAGAACGCGAUGCAAGAGAUUUUUGAUGAAGAAAGAUCAUACAGAAGCCUGGUGGGGUCUCUCACCGUCGAGUUAGAUGGUGUGCAGAGUGAGAACAGAGAUCUGAAGGAGAGAGAAGAAGAUGAAGAACUAGAAUGGGUUGAAGCGAGUCGAAAGGUCGAUGAGAUCAUGCGUGAAGCAGAGAGAACAAGGAAAGAAGCGGAAGAGAUGAGGAUGCAGGUGGAUGAACUCAGGAGAGAAACAUCAGGAAGGCGUACAGUGAUGGGUGAAGCAGUGAAGCAGCUAGAGAUAGUUGGAAGAGCCGUGGCGAAAGCGAAAGCCGCCGAGAAGAGAGCUGUGGAAGACAUGAGAGUAAUUACUGAUAAGAAGGAGAGUUUGACACAUGAUGAGCCUGAUAAGAAGAUUAGAAUAUCACUGAAAGAGUACGAGGAGUUGAGAGGGAAGCAUGAAGAGUCAGAGAGGAUGGUUCAGUACAAGGCUGAAACGGUUGCUGCUCAGCUUGAAGAGAUAAAGGAGAGCAGAGUAGAAGGAGAGGUAAUGUUGGAGGAGAAGAUGAGAGAGAUGGAAGAGGUAGAGGAGGCUAUUGAUGCUGCUUUGAGAGACGCGGAGAUUGCAGAGGAAGCACACUGCAUCGUCGAUGCUGAACUUAGAAAAUGGAAACCAGAAGAGUUGUAG